AUGGAUUUCUCGUGUCAUGUUUGCAUCAAAAACGAGUCAGAUAAGGAUCUCCUCCUUGACGACUCUGGCCUCGACAGUGGGAACUGGCCAUUACGUCAGCCGCUGAACCUUAUCGAGGCCGGAACUGAGCAGACCAUCUACCUCGCUCAACCCAGUUGGGGAGGAUCCAAGGCUUGGGUCACAUACGUAGCGGAAUACGGUCAGGGAUGGACUGACUUUACCCUCGAGUUUGAGUGUCCUGCGUUGCCCUUCUCAAAGAACCAUGUCUCAGUCAAGGAUUGUUCGCGCGUCUUUCAGAUUGACGUGACCCAUGUUCAGGAGAGGGGAAGCCCUUUGACUGCAAAUGUAACCAUUCGCAUGAAAAAUAAGAGAAAUGCCUUGGCCAUCACAAAACAUGACCAAGUCCGAGCAAACUACGACAUUGGCGUCGGCGUAUCGUUCCCCACCAAGAUGGAUAUCAAGUUCCCUGUUCACGAAAGCAUUGUCGUCGCAGCCUUUAUCAACUCCGACAUGAUCUUUCCGAGAGGCACAGUCUACAACAACAUCAACGACAAGCAAUGGGAGUUCUUCCGCGGCGUGGUCUGGAAUGAUGACCCCUCAUGUCUGUUAUUCGAGGAUGUCACACAGGACAACAGAAUGUUCAGUCUGGGAAUCGAGUGGUUGAACGCUUUCAAGUUUGGUGAGGAAAAGUGCAUGACAAAGCGUUCGCACAUAGGUAAUCUUCAGUUCUUCCAUGGCAUGGGUUCCAAAUUGGGUGAGAAGCCAGAGAAAACAAGAAAAAACAUUCUUACAUGGAUGGAAGUUAUGUACAAGCUUGCGUGCGGCAACCAAGGAGUGUCGGAGGACGAUGCCCUCAACGACGUUCUUCACGGAUACUUUGGCAAGGAGACCGUCCCCUCCAAAUCCGACACUCUUCGCGAUCUUCUCCUCGGCACGACACCAAAAUACAACAAAGCCGAGAUCCAAAAACGAGCCUUUGGCGUGUGUAUGCACAUGAUCUCCGACUCAUAUGCCCUUGGUCACACACAAAGACGCCUCAAAAACCCCGCCGACAUGAUCGACCGCGAUACAGCGGGCUACAUCCGCUUCCGACCCGACACAUACGGCGACUGGGGUUCCAUCGUCUGUUUCCACACGUACAACGACCAGGACGGCGAUCGACAUUCUCAUUACGACGACAAAGACGGCGAGAUCGAUCCGACACCCAGGGAUGUUACGACGUUUAAUGAAACCAUUGGAGCAAGAAAUGCCAUUGAUGCGUGCACGGAGUUGAUCAACUUGUUUGUUAAGAAGACUCAGUGGGAUGAUGGUGUGAAGCAGUUUUUGGAGGAUGACAUUUUUGUGCUGGACCGAUGUGCAAGACCGGCUGACCGCUUUACCGACGAGUCUGUGGUUUCAGAUCUUUACACAUGCCAGGAGAAGACCGAGAAGUUUGACUACGAGGCUGGACUCCAACGCAAACUUGCUUCGUUGGAAGCGGGUGUUUCGGCGGGCGUGGCUGUGAAAGGCGGAUUAGCAAGAAAGUCCAGGGUCAUUUCGGGACUAGCAUUGGCUUGUUUCAUGAUGAGUGCUUUGCUUUUUGCGUUCCUUACCAUGAAUAUUCGGGGAUACACGUGUUGA